AUGCCUGGAAACCAAACUGCUGAUAACGGUCUCUAUGAUUACGAUGACAACUCAUACUUUUCCGAAGGAAUUGAAAAUAAUGUUGUUGAAGACUUUAAUACUACCCCCGAGACUGACUUUUCCGAAUACCUGUGGAUGGAGCACGAGGAAGAAUUCGAUAAAGAGGUGAUGCAACGAUUAGAAGAAGAAGCCCUAAUGGAAGAAUGCCUUGAAGCUUUUAUGAAUGAUGAGAACAAUCCUCCAAACAUCCCUAACCAACAAAGUAUUCCUCCUCCAUUGAAUAUCGCCAACUCAAAGUUGAAUCCAGAAGCCGAGGAAUUCGUCCCUUCCAUGAGAAUGGCUCCACAAGACGUACCAACAUCAACUUCCUCUUAA